CCUCACCUCUGAAUUCCCAUAGCAUUGCGCAAUCAUCAGGAACUGGGUUGAUACAUGCAACUGCCUCGUGCUGCUUGCCGUAUUUCUGCAUGUCGCAAAUAUAAUGUUUAGCCAAUUGAAUAAGCUACCAUUUUUUGCUUUAUAUAUUUGUAAAUCUGACACUAAAGGAGUCAGUGCCUCACCCACCAACCAUGCACCUCACCAACCAUUGUUGCCGGGAAACAACCAUCCGCGCUCACACUCACACCUACGGACAAUUUGGAGUGUUCAAUCAGGCUGUCAUGCAGGUUUUUGGAAUGCGUGAGGAAACUUUAGUAUAUGGAUUUGAAAUAUUUAACUUUACCUUGACCGAGGGACAUGCUGAAUUUAUGGCCACACUGGAAAAAAAUGGUGUGUGGAAUUAACUCAAUUUUAUUUGGUCAAGUGGUUGCACACAAUGAUGAUUUUAUUUCAUGCAUCCAUUUGAGAAAAUAUACUGUAAUUGAGUAAAUUCGACAAAACGUAUAUGAGUGCUUGCUUUUGACGCUGUAUUAAAAAAAUAAUAACGUCCAUUGAAACGCGCUUAUUUAUAGUUCAAUAACACAAUUCGGUUACAACUAUUUUGUGUCGUUUUUAAUAUAGAGUACUAUAUAUACGGGAGAGGGGUUCAUAUUUUUUGAUGAAUGUAUUUUUUCUGCUUGUAUAUUAAACACAAAAAGUAUAGCCCGUGUUUUCUCGGGGUUUUUUUGAACUCUUGGGUCUCUCCCAGUACAGGUACCGGUACUUUAUUUUAUUUCAACUGUCCGGAAUGUGCUUCGUCUCGUCUAUCUCCUACGUUGUGACGAAAUUCCUCUGGGCUUUACCUCCACCUUCCCCUCGGAAGAUUUCGUCAUCCCUCUAAACGGCUAAAGUGUUUAAUCCCACCGCUUCUUUGGUUGGCCAUCGCGGAGAGUGGCGGACACUGCUGUCCCCCACUUCUUCCGAGCUCGGAAGAAUUCGGCUUUCAUUGGCUUUUUGCAUGCACGCGAAUGAACCUCGCCGGCAGCGACUUGCGGCCACUCGCCGGACUUGUGCCACCCGUGCCAACUUUUAGUAUCUUUGUGUGCCCUUUUGGCACCAAACGAUCCCCGGGUUGGAGGGCUUGAUGUGAGAGUCUUUGCUCAGCCCCACGGUGUGGUGAAAAACUCUGGACAUGGACGGGGCCACGAAAGAAGCCCCUCCAGGGGGCGAUGGAGAGAAAUCCGACACCCUGGGGUCGACCAGCUCGGCCAAAAAGCGAGGAGGGGGGGCCAAGAAGGCCAUGCAGGCAAACAAGUCUGCCCUCAGAGCCCCCCGAGCCCUCUGUUGCCUCACCCUCAGCAACCCCAUACGCAUGGCGGCACUGGCCCUGGUGGAGUGGAAACCCUUCGAUAUCUUCAUCCUGCUUGCCAUCUUUGCCAAUUGUGUGGCCAUGGGGGUCACCAAGCCAUACCCUGAUGAUGACUCCAACGCCACCAAUCACAAAUUGGAACAAGUGGAGUACGUCUUCCUGGUCAUCUUCACCAUCGAGACCUUCACAAAAAUUCUCGCCUACGGCUUAGUCAUGCACCCCAGCGCCUACAUACGCAGUGGAUGGAACUUGCUUGAUUUCAUCAUCGUCAUUGUCGGGCUGUUCAGCGUCAUAGCGGAAGGCAUGACCGACCACAAGCCAGGAGAGGCCCAUCAUGCUGCGGGGAAACCCGGCGGCCUGGACGUGAAAGCUCUGAGAGCCUUCAGGGUGUUGAGGCCGCUCCGACUCGUCUCCGGAGUGCCAAGCCUGCAGAUUGUGUUGAAUUCCAUCAUGAAAGCCAUGGUGCCGCUCCUUCACAUCGGUAUGCUGGUCAUGUUCGUCAUCAUCAUCUACGCCAUCAUCGGCUUGGAGCUUUUUAUCGGCAGGAUGCACAAGACGUGCUACUUCUCCAGCACAGGUAUGAUGUUGGAGGACGAUCCGUCACCUUGCGCGUUCGCGGGGAACGGUCGCUUCUGCCUGAGCAACGGGAGCGAGUGCAGGGGCAAGUGGGAGGGUCCCAACGGCGGCAUCACCAAUUUCGACAACAUUUUCUUUGCCAUGCUCACCGUCUUCCAGUGCAUCACCAUGGAAGGCUGGACAGACGUGCUCUACUGGAUGAACGACGCCAUCGGUUUUGAGAUCCCGUGGGUGUAUUUUGUUUCUCUGGUCAUCUUUGGGUCCUUUUUCAUCAUCAAUCUCGUUUUGGGUGUGUUGAGCGGAGAGUUUUCCAAGGAAAGGGAAAAGGCCGUGGCUCGCGGUGAGCUGCAGAAGGCACAAGAGAGCAAACAGAUGGAGGAAGACAUGAUUGGUUACAUGGAUUGGCUCAUCGAGGCCGAGGAUGUGGAUGAAGAAGGAAAUAAACGAGCGGCAAUUGCCAAGAAGAAAAUGAUGAAGAAGUUUGGCUGGUACAAACACAGUGAGGAUGGAGAAUCGGACUCGGAUGAUGACAUAGCGUACCUCGACGACGACAGCGGCUUCUGUGCUUCUCUCAUGGCCAAGAUGAUGGCCAACAGCUUCUGUGACCAAUUGUGCCAGCUGAACCACACGUUCAGAAAGAACUGCCGCGUGGCCGUCAAAACCACCAACUUCUACUGGCUGGUCCUUCUUCUGGUGUUUCUCAACACGGUGGCCAGCGCCUCGGAGCAUUACGGGCAACCAAAGUGGCUGACAGAAAUGCAAGAGCGAGCCAAUAAGAUCCUGCUUCUGCUCUUCACGCUGGAGAUGCUGAUGAAGAUGUACGCCUUUGGCCUGCAGAUCUACUUCAUGGCCCUCUUCAAUCGCUUCGACUGCUUUGUGGUGUGCGGCGGCAUCCUGGAGACGCUGCUGGUAGAGUGGGACUUUAUCCCACCUAUCGGCAUCUCUGUGCUCCGCUGCAUCCGACUGCUAAGGAUUUUCAAGAUGACUCGACACUGGGCGGCCUUGUCCGACUUGGUCAACUCUCUGCUCAACUCCAUGAAAGCCAUCUGCUCCCUCCUGCUGCUGCUCUUCCUCUUCCUCAUCAUCUUCGCCCUGCUGGGCAUGCAGUUGUUCGGAGGCAAAUUUAACUUUGACGAGACCCAAAUGAAGAGAAGCACGUUCGACUCCUUCCCUCAAGCUCUGCUCACUUGCUUUCAGAUCCUCACCGGAGAGGAUUGGAACGCUGUGAUGUACGACGGCAUCAUGGCCUACGGUGGCCCGGUCUUCCCCAAUAUGGUGGUCUGCAUUUACUUUGUCAUCCUUUUUGUCUGCGGCAACUACAUCCUGCUCAAUGUCUUCUUGGCUAUCGCCGUCGACAACUUGGCUGGAGGUGGCGGGCAGAAAAAUGUCGAGGAGAAAAAAGAUGAUGAAGAAGAGUGGGAUGAUGAGGAUGAGAAAGAGGAUGAAGAUGGAGGGAACGAGGACGACGACUGGCAGGAGAAUGAAGAGUUGAGGGCCAUCGAGGGCCUGGAGGGAGUUGCCCCAUUAAAGCCAGAGUUCUCCGGUCCCAAAGAGAAGAUUGUGCCCAUUCCUGACGGAAGCUCCUUCUUCAUUCUGGGAAAGAAGAACUGCUUGCGAGUCGCCUGUCACAACCUCAUCCAUCACCCCUACUUCACCAACUUCAUCCUCAUCUUCAUCAUCCUCAGCAGCAUCUCUCUGGCCGCUGAGGACCCCAUCAAAUCGCACUCAUUCAGGAACAUUGUAAGCGCGCUGCUGUCUUUCCACACGCUGUCAUCACCUUCUCAACUGGAUUGGCCUUGUCAUCUUCAGGUGCUGGGGUACGCCGACUAUGUGUUCACAUCAGUGUUCACAGUGGAGAUUGUGCUCAAGAUGACCGUGUACGGAGCUUUCCUGCACACGGGCUCCUUCUGCAGGAACGCCUUCAACCUGCUCGACUUGCUGGUGGUCAGCGUGUCGCUCACCUCCUUCUUUCUUCAUUCCAGCGCUAUUUCUGUGGUGAAGAUUCUCAGGGUGCUCCGUGUGCUCAGACCUCUGCGUGCCAUCAACAGAGCCAAGGGACUCAAAAAUGUGGUGCAGUGCGUGUUUGUGGCGAUCCGCACCAUCGGCAACAUCUUGAUCGUCACCACGCUGCUCCAGUUCAUGUUUGCCUGCAUCGGCGUGCAGCUCUUCAAGGGAAGGUUCUACAGCUGCACGGAUGAAGCCAAACACACGCCUGACGAGUGCAAGGGAACCUUUGUGGUGUAUAAAGACGGGGAUAUUAACCAUCCCAUUGUGAAAGAGAGGAUCUGGCAAAACAGCGACUUCAACUUUGACAACGUGCUGAUGGGCAUGCUGGCGCUCUUCACCGUGUCCACGUUUGAAGGCUGGCCACAGCUCCUUUACCGCGCCGUGGACGCCAACGCCAUCAACCACGGACCCAUUUACAACUACCGAGUGGAAAUCUCCAUCUUUUUCAUCAUCUACAUCAUCAUCAUCGCCUUCUUCAUGAUGAACAUUUUCGUGGGCUUUGUCAUCAUCACCUUUCGGGAACAAGGAGAGUCUGAAUUCAAAAACUGCGAACUCAACAAAAACCAGCGCCAGUGUGUGUACUACGCGCUGAAAGCUCAGCCCAUCAAGAUUUACAUUCCCAAAAAUCCAUCCCAGCUCAAAUUCUGGAAGAUUAUCAACUCCAGCCAGUUUGAAUAUGUCAUGUUUGUGCUGAUUCUAGGCAACACGCUCACGUUGGCUGUGCAGCAUUAUGAGCAGUCCAAACUUUUCACGUCGGUCAUGGACAUCCUCAACAUGAUCUUCACGGUGGUGUUCACUAUCGAGAUGAUCAUCAAGUUACUGGCUCUGCGGGCUCAUCAUUAUUUUAUUGAUCCGUGGAAUUCCUUUGACGCUUUAAUUGUGGUGGGGAGCGUGUUGGACAUCGCAGUCUCCGAGUUAAGCGGAGGAGGAGGCCACGGUGAGGGGAAAGGCGAAGGCGGCAAAGUUUCCAUCACCUUCUUCCGCUUGUUUCGAGUGUUGCGAUUGGUCAAACUGCUGAGUAAAGGAGAAGGCAUUCGAACUCUCCUCUGGACUUUUGUCAAGUCGCUUCAGGCUUUGCCUUACGUCGGGCUGCUCAUUGCAAUGAUCUUCUUCAUCUAUGCCGUCAUUGGUAUGCAGACAUUCGGGAAAGUGGCUGUGGAUGACAACACGCAUAUCAACAGAAACUGCAAUUUUCAAACCUUCUUCAUGGCCGUUCUGGUGUUAUUCAGGUGUGCCACGGGAGAGCAGUGGCAGGAGAUCAUGUUGGCCGCGCUGCCCGGCAGACGUUGCGACCCUGAAUCCGACACCGAACCUGGGGAAGAGUUCUCCUGCGGGAGCAACUUAUCUUACAUCUAUUUCAUCAGCUUCUUCAUGCUCUGCGCUUACCUGAUUAUCAAUUUGUUCAUCGCUGUCAUCAUGGACAACUUUGAGUACCUGACAAGAGACUGGACCGUACUGGGAACCCACCACCUGGAUGAGUUUAAGAGAGUUUGGUCCGACUACGAUCCAGAGGCCACCGGCCGCAUUAAGCACAUUGACGUCAUCACGAUGUUGCGGCGAAUUCAGCCCCCUCUUGGUUUUGGAAAACUUUGUCCUCACCGCGUUGCUUGCAAAAGGCUGGUUUCUAUGAACGUGCCGCUGCACCCCGAUGGGACGGUCACCUUCAAUGCGACUUUGUUUGCUCUGGUGCGGACGUCCCUCAAGAUUAAGACUGAAGGGCCCAUCGAUCAGCAGAACGAAGAGCUCAAACUCAUCAUCAAGAAACUCUGGAAGCGGACCAAGCCCAAGCUCUUAGAUGAAAUCAUCCCUCCCCCUAGAGGGGAUGAGGUGACUUGUGGGAAGUUUUAUGCCAGCUUUUUGAUUCAAGACUAUUUCAAAAAAUACCGCAAGAGAAAAGACAGGGAACGGAAGUCUAAAAAGAAGGACAAGGCCGCCUCUCUUCAGCAAGGUCUGCGGACGCUGCAGGAUCUGGCUCCAGAGAUGCGGCUGGCGAUGGCGUGCGACCUGGAAGAGGAAGAGGGCGCAGAUGAGAUAUUUUACAGCGAGCACGGAACCUCGGUCACCACCACGCCCGCCAGUACGCCCAUGCCGCCCGUAGAAGCGCUGGUGCAGCAGACCGCCGUCAUCAUGGAAGCGGACGCUGGCCCUAGUGUGAUCACGCAGCAGGUGACCGGUCUGAGUGACGGCUUCCAGAUGAACGUGUCAGAAGUAGCCGUGGAGGUUGUCGUCACAGAACAGCCAACAAGGUCGGAAGCUCUGCCCAGCAGGGCGGAUUCCAUCAGCGACCUGCCUCCUCCUCCCGACACUACAGAGUUCAUAGGUCAGGAAGCAACUGCAUCUCCAGUGGCUGAGCAACUUCCUAACUGUGAGGCAGAUUCUGCAAAUCUCGCAUUUGAAGACCGGUACGGGUUUCCCGAGUCUGCGUCUCCUUUACCACCGGAGCCAGACUUUAACGGGCAGAGCGUCGAUCGAGCCAGCAGCAUUGGCGAGCUGUCGUAUGACGUCAAUGUAUCGGCUAACUGUUACAACGGGAGCACCGCGAACGGGGGAGGGAGCAUCAAUGGGGAGCCCUACCCGACACACGCAUAUCAUGGUAAUGGAUACUCGACUUACAACGAGGACGGCAGCAGCAUCGUCAGCGCCAACGGUAAUGGCAGCACUGCGAACGGAGGUUACGCAGCAAACGACUACAAUGGAAGCAAUGGCGGUGGCGCACAGUUUGUCAGGAGGAGGCUGCUUCCUUCCAUACCCAAAGGUCGUAAGCCCACCUUUGACUUCCAAUGUCUGAGGCCACCGAGCAGCGUGGAUGAACUUGCCAUCCCAGGAAAUUACCGCGGCAACACAUCCCCAACCAGGUCUCGUCUCCAGACGCAGCACAGCCUGGACUCCCGGCCCAGUAGCGUGUCGUCGUCGUCGUCCGUCUCGUGGGCCAACAACGUGGCAGCCGGCAACACCCCCGGUCCUGGGUCCAUCGCCCCGUUGGGACGCAGGGGCAAAUUGAUCUACACCCCCAUGAUCCUGGUGGAUGAAACAACUGGAAUCAGUCAGCCGCUGUGGAACGACGGCUCAGCGAGCCUCCCUGCGGGAAGCCGUCCCGGCUGGUACUCUGGUCAGAGCGGAACCUAUGGCAGCUUGAGGGUGCCGCCUGCCAAACAGAGCUUUGUGGACAAAGGCAGCGCAGACAGUCUGGUGGAGUCGAUCCUGAUCUCCGAGGGUCUGGGCAUCUACGCCAAGGACCCCAAGUUUGUGAGUUUUGCCAAGCGGGAAAUCGCCGAAGCUUGUCACAUGAGCUUGGACGAGAUGGAGAGCGCAGCCGCCGACCUGAUUGCCCGCGGGGCCGGCCAGUCGGUUUCUCACUUUGAGGACCAGCUGGCCGACGAAAUGAACUGCGUGAUUUCGUACUGAAUCGGACGAACGUACGAGGGAUGAGGUGGGAGAAACGCCUGAAUGAGAGACAAACAGAGAGAAUGCGCUUGCCAUAGUUUGUGUCCAAAGGUCAACGUGUUUGUUUGAUGUUUGCCGAGAAUAAAUGGAAAAGCAGCCGGCCAUGUCUGGCACAUUGCAAAUUAGCGCAGGGGUGGGUAAUGUAUGGCCAGUCCAAACCAACAAGCUUUUAAGUGUUCAUGAGUCCUGGAAUAUUUGUUGCAUUCAUUGAACCAAAAAAUGGUUACCGGUACUUAAAAUUGAUGUAACAUUUUUUUAUGUAUUUCUAUUCAUUUAUCUUUUUAUUUUUACAAAUGACCUCCGUCCAUCUGUCUGUUUAAAAACUCAAAUUACAAAAAGUUCCCCACCCUUGCCGUAUGUUCAGGAAUCACCACGGAAGCAUGAUUGUAUCAGGACCCAACAAAGACUUUUAUGAACAAUGGAACCGCAGUUUUUAUUCUAAUCGCCUAUUUUGGUGUUGCAUUGGACUGUCAUUUUUUUACUGUACUUGAAUUACCACUUUACACACUGUUAUGUGCAGCUGCAAAAGGCAGUUGAGGUUUUUUCUUGUUUUGUUUUGUUUUUUGCAUUUAACUUCAAAUACUGCAUAUACUUUUCAAAAUAGUUUCAGGUUUUGUCUUCCAAUUGAAACUUCAGGAUGAGCCUAAAAUGCACUAGAAUCUUUUCAGGUGAACUUAAUUUGACCUACAAAUGGGAUUUAACUACCUGUAGCCUUGGUAGAGUUGGAAUAUAAACGGCUUCACUUUAUUUUUGGAGCCACUCCUUAACAUUUCAAAAACCCAAAAUGUGCUCUGUUCCGCACAGUUUUGUGUAGGAUGGCUUCGACAACAAAAGCUUGCACACAAAUAAAUGCCUUUCAGACAUGCAUACCAGUCUUGGCUGCAAGGUCGUGCGAUGUCACCAUGUUAGUGGAUUUAAAAAAUAAAAUGAAAAUUGGAAUACAACUGCUAGCCAGACGCUAGUUUCACGUGAGUGACUCUGCUUUAGACUGCUCAUUGGACAGCAGCAAAGUCUCCGGGUGUCACCAUGGAAGUGGACAUACAAAAAAAAAAUAGAAAAUGAAAGAAACAUUUUUUUUCUUCAGGUUGAUCCCAGUAUCGCGCUUCUGUUGCCUUGUGGUGUACACCCUGGUCAGCCACAAGUCUGCUGACGGCCCGCUGAAUUUCAAAAAGGCUGCCUCAAGACCCCCACAUAUUGGCAGCUUCCAAUCAGAGGAAACCUUUUCCAUAUCAAAUUUAGACAAACAGUGACCCAAACCCAAUUAAUUACAAAUGAAAUAUUCAUGAGAAAAAAACUGCCAGGGACUACAGAUGACAAAUGGAUUCAUUUGGCAAAUUCUGAUGUUUUUUUAGAUCCACCCAUCUUCGGAACCGCUUUAUCCUCACAAGGGUCACGGGGCAUACUGGAGCCUAUCCCAGCUGUCUUCAAGCAGUUGGCGAGGGGCACCCUGAACCGGUUGCCAGCCAAUCGCAGGGCACACACACAGACGAACAACCAUCCCCGCUCACACUCACACAAGUUACAAUGUUCAAUCAGCCUGCUAUGCAUGUUUUUGGAAUGUGGGAGGAAACCUAGAGACGGAAGACCCGGAAUACCCACACAGAACAUGCAAACUCCACACAGGAAGGCCGGAGCCGGAAUCAAACCCAUGACCUCUGCACUGUGAGGUCGACACGCUAACCAUUGGUUCACCGGGCCGCCACUAUGUAACACGAGUCUUGUUCAAUUGUACCGUCCCCUUUCAAAUAAAGACAUUUAACCUAAA